GCAGGGCUGCCUCUGACAAGCCACAAGCCAACCAAACCCAUCCUCUCUCUCUCUCACUCUCUCUCUCUCUCUCUGAGAAGAGAAGGUGAGGGUGGUCGACAAGAGAGAAAGAGAGGAAAUUACAUGGCACCUCCUUGUUUGAGGUCCGAACUUGAGAUGUCGGUGGCUUUGCUGCAAACGCCCUUCCGACUGGAGAAGUGCGACCUCGCUAAGGAUGAUCCUGUGAUGGCCCUGCACGAUGAAGAGGACCUGCCCGGGCAAUUCGACGUAUGGAGCGCCAUCCAGGCGCAGAAAGCUGCCAAUCCGGUCGCCGCUGAUGCACCAGCUCCUUAUGUUCAUCCUCUUGUGAGGCGGUCCUCCAGUUCGCUGAGCCAGAAGAGCCUCGAGAUAUGCACGGAGAGCCUUGGAUCGGAGACCGGCUCUGAUGACUUCUCUUCGUUCCUCGAUGAGCUUGACCACGAUUACUCGCUAGAUAUUGGAGCGGAGAAAGAAGAAGCGAAUCAUGACAUGCAUGACAAGCUGGUAGUCAUGGAAGAAGGAGGAGUGUGGUUUAGGAAGAAGGAAACAGAGGAGGUCCAAGUGCGGCUACGCAAAGGGAAGGAGCUCACAUCAGUGAACUAUCAUUGCUCCGUCAGCAGACAGUCGCAUCUGAGGUCGUUCCCUCCGCCGCUGCCGUCCAUCUCCCGCCGCGACGGGGUGCCGUGCCUGCACAUGAGGCCUCAUCGCCGUGAAGGCCGGCUUCUCGUUGAGGCUGUCCCUGUACCUUCACAGAACUACUUCCACGCCCAGCGCGGGGACGGCCGCCUCCUCCUCUCCUUCAUCGACGCCACCUUCGACGAUCCAGAAGCCUCCUCCGACAACAUACAAAUCAACGAAGAAUCAAAUGGAAUCGAAGUAGAAGAGAUCGAACGGUCAGCAGAGGAAGAAGAAGUGGAAGAGAAGAACUGCUGCGCCGAAGACGAAGACGAGGAGGAGGAAGAAGAAGAAGAGGAAGUGGAAGUAGUCGACAGGGGAGCCGUCAUCGAGGUAAAAGUGAGCACACAACCCCAGCAACAGACCGGCGGUGCCAUGAAGGUCCUCCGCUCUUCCCUCGUCAUCAACAAAUUCGUCGGCAUCACGCCACAGAGAAGCAACACCACGUGCGGGCUGCCGCCGGAAAGCGAUGAAGCAAGCAAAACCGAUCUCAACAACGCCGGCAAACUGCAGGCUACCACAGCAGCUCCAAUCGUACGUCGACCCCCGCCAACAACCACCACGGCAGCAGCUGCAGUGGCGGUAGCCUCCACCCUCAGUGCCUCGGCCGAAGCUUACAGUGACGAAACGAGGUUGCCGAUCGGCAACGACGGACACCUGCCACCGGACAACAAGCUGCUGUUCACGUCCAAGCGUCGGAACCGGGAGGAGCUGCUGCACAGCAUGAGGAGAUGCAGUCAGCUGCGCAGGCCAUUGUUCAUCAGGGAACCCUGUUGCAUUGCCACUUCCUCCUGAGCCACAGCCUCCCAUGGAUCAUUCUACCUCACUGAUACUACCUAUUUAUCUACCUAUAUCUCUACCUAUCCACGUCGAUAUUAUAGUCAUUAACAUACUAAGGUCGCCCAACAAUUAAGUGUCAAAAGCCUCACUGUUUGGCUCCCUUUGCAUCAGCAGGUCAGUCUGCUGCUUUUGGACUGCCAAUGUCCCUGUUUUUCCCACUCAGUGCUGGCACAUCGACACCGUGAUAAUGGACAACUUGAUAUCAUUGUUAUUAGAAUUUUGUUUGUUC